AUGUCCCAUGGUCAACUUUUAGUACAAAGAGCGUUCGAGUUCACCACAAGUUCAAAAAUCACGGACUUAUUGCCGGUGGAAACCACCGAUACGAACGUUUGUCAGAACGGUCCCGGUACGUGUUUUAGGGUUGGUGAUGUUCGAGCAAACUCGUUUCCACAACUGAAUGCCGUGCACACACUGUGGGUAAAGGUACACAAUCGGAUAGCCGAAGAACUGAAUAAAGAAAAAAUCUUCUGGACAGACGAAGAACUUUUCCUAGAGGCCAAGAAAAUUGUGACGGCGUGCAUACAGCACAUCACGUACAACGAAUGGCUGCCGGCACUGCUUGGCGUUAACUACACCAAGGAAAACGGUUUGGGACUGGGACAAAGAACCAAGUACGAUGAGACUGCUGACCCGACAGUUAGCAACAGCUUCGCGACUGCGAUACUGCCGUUUGCCAAUUCUAUGAUCAAGACAGACAUCUUUACAUUAAAGUUAAGUGUUCGAUAUCUAAAUAUCGAUGGUACCAUAAAGAAAAAUUACAACAAACCGCGUUUGUUGGCAAACUUUACCGAAGAUUGGUAUGAUAAGAUUGGUAUCCAAACUAUGUUAAUGGGACUAACUGCGCAGGCUUCACAAAAAGUCGAUAUGCAUUUUACACAAUCGUCAGCUGAUAGAUUGUUGAAGCUAUACAAAACUUGGAACGAUAUAGAUCUAUUGGUUGGUGCAUUGUUGGAGAAACACGCUGAUGAUGCAAUGGUUGGCCCUACGAUGAGGUGUAUCAUCAGGGAACAAUUUGUAAGAACUAGAAUUGCAGAUAGAUAUUUUUAUGACGUACCAGGAGUAUUCACUGAUUAUCAACUGGAGAAUAUCAAACGCGUAACGCUUGCCAGAGUUAUAUGUGAUAACGCUUAUCCUUUGUUGAUGACACCACAAGUUUUUUUGAGACCAGCAGAUUAUGUUGAUUCAGCUCAUCUCUGUGAUUCAACAUUAAUUCCGAAAAUGACCUUCAAUGGUUGGUUUGAUAAACUGGAAGACAAUUAUUUUGGUGUAAAUUAA